ACAUCACAUCAGUUCAUGUUAAAUGUUAGGGUGAGUUUGCUGUGCUUCUACUCUGGCGGCUAGCGGCGGCAGGCUGCUUUCUGGGUUCCCCUGACUGAGUGAGGAACAAACGAAGGCAAGGGCUCAUCUCUCGCGAGGAACGACGCCGUUAUCGGAAUCUCUACAAACAACACGAGAAUUCAUCAUUCACACGUUGUGAACAAUGUCUGAACAAGAAUUGGAUGAAAUUGUACAAAUAACAGUAGAGGACUUUAACCAGGAUGACAGAACAGACAUCCUGGACAAUCAUGAAGACGAUGAAGAAAAGCCUCAGAAGAAAAAGAGGAAAUUAAGCAACAGCCAGGAGAAUAACAACAAUAACCAAGACAUAUCUUUUAUUAAGAACCUGUUGGUCUCCUUCACCGCAUCAAUCAGCCAGCGACUGGAGGGAAUUGAAUCAAAGUUAUAUUCUCUGGAUGCUACAUGCAAAGCCCUUGGACGCAAACUGGACAGCAUGGUGCCAUGUGCAAAGAGUCCUAUCCAGGUUCCAAUGGUUGCAGGGUCUCCUCAGGGGGCCACUCAAACUUGGAACAAAGUACGAUGUGUUGUUCCACAAACAAAUGUGAUAGUGAGCAGUGAACAUCCGAAGGGCACUUGCCAAGAAGAUACCCCUCUGGAGAAUCUGCUCAGCAACACGGUGACCAGGAAACGUCAGAACACAAUCCUGGUAAAGGUGCCGGGCCCUGAGGAGAGUCAAGAAGAACAAGACAGCGGCUCAGAUGCCAGUGACACUGUUUCUAAUGGUGGCCAUUCCAGUAAUGCACAAAAUGGCCAAAAUGUCACGCUCAUCACACUCAAUUCAGAAGAUGAUUACCCAGUGGGCACCUGGUUGGGAGACGAGAACAACCCAGAGAUGCGAGUUCGUUGCCCAGUGUCUCCAGCUGACAUGCUCCAUAUCACCACAAACUGCCGCACAGCGGAGAAAAUGGCACUGACACUGUUAGACUACUUGUUCCAUCGGGAGGUCCAAGCCAUGUCAAACCUCUCUGGCCAAGGCAAACAUGGCAAGAAGCAGCUGGACCCACUCAUGAUAUAUGGCAUUCGCUGCCACUUGUUCCACAAAUUUGGCAUCACAGAGUCAGACUGGUACCGCAUCAAGCAAAGCAUUGACUCGAAGUGUCGCACCGCCUGGAGACGCAAGCAGCGUGGCCAGAGUCUGGCCGUCAAGAGCUUCUCAAAACGCACACCUCGCAGUUCAGCCUCAGAGGGAGGCAUUGCAGACGAAACGGGCCAGAUUGAGACUGCCACCCAGCAGACCUUGCACUACACACUGGCCAAUCAACAAGUCCAGUUCCACCGUAUUGGCGAGGAUGGACAAGUUCAGGUGAUUCCACAGGGUCAGCUGCACAUUGCCCAGGUGCCACAAGGAGAGGAGGUGCAGAUCACACAGGACAGUGAGGGAAAUCUCCAGAUCCACCAGGUACAUGUCGGGCAGGAUGGACAGGUGCUGCGUGGGGCUCAGCUCAUAGCGGUGGCAUCAGCUGAUGGCGGGGCCACAGCAGUGGAGGGCUCCCCCCUCCCCCCUGACAUCCAAGUGCAGUACGUCCAACUAGCACCCGUCGCAGAUCACACAGCUGGCGUACAGGCUGCUGAGCUGACCCCGGCCCUGCAAGCGGACAUGGAGGUGAAAGACGCCAUCCAGGGUGCCAUCCAGGGAGAGAACGGUGAAGUGGUCCAGAUUGUGACCUCUGUGGCCACCUGAGAGCCCCGUCUGGUUGAACACAGCCCAGAACUCUGCUCCACAGCAUGGCCCGACGGGUCUCGGAAGUCGACACAUGCACACAGUCUGACAGACAAUCAAGUCAGAAAUGCAUCUUUUUUUUAUAAACACUGAAGGUCACUGAUGAAACACAGGGAAGACAUUUUUCAGUUUUUGUUUCACCCUGCAAACUCCUCAAUUCAUUGUAAAACAGAUUACGCAAUGUGGAAAUGUUUGCAGAGAACUUAAAAAAAACAUGAUACUCCAAAAUCAGCUGUGGUGUUUUCAUCACUAGAAGGACCUGGCCCACUGCAGAAUACACAGUGGAUUUAUUGUCUGUCCAGAGAGGAUGCUACUUUUGCAGACCAUCAUCCCGUCACUUCAUCAGCACACACACACACUGACAUCAACUUUGGAAAAUAGUGGAAUUAUUUGGAGUUAAGCCGCUUGGCCAACUCUGAAACCCCCGUGAGGGUUUGUAAAACCUCUGAAUCCCACCUCAAACAACCAGCACUGUGCUCCUUUUCUCCUCAUUUCUUGUAACGGUGGACUGCAGUGGAAAGAAGAUUUAGCUGAGCACAACUUCUCUUGGUUGUGAUUAAUUUGGUUUCCUGUCACUCUCCAUGAUUCAGUCCAUACCCGGCUGUGAGCCCUGCCUUGCCUUGCUUUACUUUACUCUUCUUGUUUUCAUAUUACUUAAGCCGCACAGCUUUGUUUGUUUGUUUGAUUUAUCUAAUUGUAACAUGCUGACAUUUUUGGGGAGCUUUGAUGUUGGAGGUAGAAGACCAUGAAAUAGAAGAGAUGGUGCCAGUGGUAGAUGCUACAAGUCUCUUGUAGAGAACCAAGGAAAUCUUGAAGUUGUUUAUUCUCCCCAGUUAUGUCUCUGUGAAAGAUACAUUCAUGUGAAUAAAACAUGUUUGUGGUUGCCAUAAAAGUGUGUUUUUAUUUUGGUUUCUCUUUUAUUUUCUCUUUAUUUACAUGAACCGUGGUCUUCCAAAUGGCUUCAAAGAUUUCCAAGACAUAACUUUGCUUUUAUCCACUACAAAUAGACAACUGAAGAGAGUGUGAAAUGUAGUUUCAGGUCUUGUUUCAUGUUUAAUUUAUUUACUAUUUUUGAAGUAAAUAUAUAUCAUGUCAACUUCAAUAACCAUAGACUACUGUAUUGUCAGCAAUCCUGAAAAAGUAGACUUUUUAAGCAAAGGUUUUUGUCAAAAGACUAAUUAAUAUGUUGGUGUCAUUUUAGCAGUGUCUGAACUGUAAUUACAUUUCUUCGAUAUUCACUCCGAGCCCAGCCCACUGCAUGGUUAUGUUUUUUUGUCAGUAAAGACAUAAGAUGUGUUGUGUUGUGUUGUGUUGGAGUGAUGCUCCGCUAAUGAUGAAUAUCUACACAGCAAUAAAAGAGAUAAGCGAGACUACGUGUUGGUUUGGGGAAAGUUUCCCAUGCUCAGUGUGAUGUAAUAGUGUAUUUUGGAGAGGGGAAAAGAACCAGGCGACAAAAUGAACUUGAUAAAACAACAUCCACGGUC